AAAAGGAGCGGCUCGGUGACAAAUCUGAGUCCUGUCACAUAAUCGCCAACUUGUGAUUUCGACAACGCACUAUAAGCAACGUCUCCGGUAAUCGACGGUGUACGCCGAGCAGCACCACCAUGGCGACGGCGAUGCCACCGCAGCACAACCACGAGGUGACGACGGUCGCGCUGAAAUCCAAGCCAUGCCCGCUGUGCCGUUCGAGUUACGGAUUCGAACAAGACAAUCGCGCGUACGAACAAUGGCGUGGAAACUUACAUCGCCACGGCUACUCAAUGAAUUCCCAGAAUUUACAGACGGGAUUAUUUCUUCACCAGUUUACAAACAGCGUCAGCAAAGCCUUGCAUAAAGACCACAGUAGACGCCACACUAAGCUGACCGCAGAUGAACUUUACGCAAAGGCACACCCCGCAAUUAUAUCCACAAAACAAUUAACUGGUAGAAAUUACGCACUUCACAUACAUUUGCCGACCAAUGCCGAAUUUGACCCGACCACAGUCGCUAAAGAUCUGUUAGACCAGAGCAACACACCGCUCAAAUCGCAGUUAGUGCGAGAAAUCGGACACCAACCGCACAUCAAGUUGAAGCCUAGUGUAGCGGACAAUCAGGAACAGUCAUAUUACUUGCCAACCAUUAUGGAAAUAACCGAUAAGCAAGGAAACAGUUGGAAGAUUCAACAGCAGGAUAAAGAGAGCAAGUCUGCAAAAAGUAAAACCACGACAAAGUUAGAUUUGAUGGUACGCAUACCACCCAUAUCGCCCACGGUAGAGAAGUACACCACAGACAACCACUCAAAAACAACUGAUCCAAUUGAGGCUGUCAGACAAUCAAACAAUGCCAACACAGAGCCGGCUAAGCUACCGCAAAUUAAUAAGCACAGGCAAUUGACCUGGGAAAACGACGAUGACUUAAGUAGCGAAAGAAGCGUAUCGUUGAAUAACAUAGACUCCGAUAACAAGUUUCAUCCCUUGUUGACGUACAGUCGUUCUUUUCAAAACAGGAUGAGUUAUUCUAAUUAUCUGCGACAGAUGUCACUCUUAAAUUUACAUCAUCAAAGUAGUCAACCAGACAGACACGACCUCGUUGACGCAUUACAAAUCAGGGGAGCGAAAAAUGCAAAAAAUAGGUUCAGUAAAGAAAUAGUCAUGAAAUCAGUAGAGGUGUAUUGCCCUCGCGAGGAGCUGAACGAUGAAGACAAUCUGACUGUGACCACUCAACGAUCUGAUGAAUUGGCGUACUUUAACUAUAGAAAUAGCGACAUGUCAUUACCACGAUGUGUCGAAGUUGGAAAGAAUUUGCCGAAAGACUUUUCCGAGAAGCAGAAACAGAAACAAAAAUUAAGAUCUAUUUAUCCAAUGUAUGAUUGGCAACUUGAAAACCGCGACCGAGCUUUGGAAAAUUUUGGGUAUCCCGACUAUAGUGGUCCAAGAAAGAUGCCCAGCCUAGAAAGCCAGCCGCCUCCCACGCCAGAGAAUUCAGAAAGACCGGACGAUUCCAAUACAACAUCGACAAGUAACGCUGCCAAUGAUCUCGUUCUCAGCGCGACUUCGUUGAGUGGUUCAGACUCUGAAAAUGCUAAGUUGGUCAUUGACCCCACAGUAGCAAAAAGUCGAGACAUUCAAUCAGUGGAGGAAAGUGUACUCAAGCGCAACCGGAAUGAACAAAUCAAAGAGCGAGAACCUAUAGUGAUAAAAACAUGGUGCGCGUUUGGACAUAUGCCUGAUAACUCCAGUAUAGAAGGAGAAGCAACGUCUGAUAAAGAACUCAGUAGUAACGACAGUAUUAUAGGGGAUACGCGCAGUGAGAGGCUACUGACAAAAUCAGAGCGACAUACGAGCGUCUCACCAUCCAUCAAAACUUUAGAAAUCCCUCCAACCUCCCACUCCCCUGUGUCACAAGAUACACCAGGAAAGUCCACUGUUGCCAAUACCACUAGCGCAAGCAAAGCACAUGUUGGCAAGAGUAGUGUAUCCAAGCAAACAAAGACAGUUACCAUGAGUACGAAGCAGGUGGUGUUCAUAUCACCUGCCGCCUAUGUUGGGAAAGCCGUCCGCAUGUCGGGGCCGUAG